GAACGCCAUUGGCUUCUCCCUUCUCCGCGCGCCGCCGCCGUCUCCCACCUUCGCCUCACCUCCUCCCUCUCCGCCCGCUGCCUCCGGAGCUGGGGGGGAAAGGCGAAGCCUCGCUGCAAUGGAGCCCGCCGCCGCGGCUACCGCGCAGCGACUCCCCGACACCAGCAGGGAGGACCGAGCUCUGGAGGCCGGGGGCGGCCGGAGCCCGGAGCCCGCGCUAAGCCCUGCGGCCCCUGGCGGCGGGAACGGCGGCGGGACGCGGGAGGAGGUUCCCGGCGAGGUGCCUCCGGGGCCGCUGCCGGGCCGGGCGGGGGGCACGGGGCGCAGGAGGCGGCGUGGGGCGCCCCAGCCCACCACCGGCGGGGCUGCUCCCGUGCCGGGCAGUGGCGCCAACUCCCUUCUGCUAAGGAGAGGGCGGCUGAAGAGGAAUCUGUCCGCGGUCGCCGCCGCCUCGUCGUCCUCAUCCUCGUCGUCGUCGUCAUCCUCUGCUGCUGCCGCCUCCCACUCCCCCGGCGCCGCCGGCCUCCCCGCGUCCUGCUCGGCCUCGGCGUCGCUGUGCACCAGGAGCCUGGACAGGAAGACGCUGCUCCAGAAGCACCGGCAGAUGCUGCAGCUGCAGCCGUCGGACCGGGACUGGGUGAGGCACCAGCUCCAGCGGGGCUGCGUGCACGUCUUCGACCGCCACAUGGCCUCGACCUACCUGCGCCCGGUGCUCUGCACACUGGACACCACGGCCGGCGAGGUGGCCGCUCGCCUGCUGCAGCUGGGCCACAAAGGCAGCGGCGUGGUGAAAGUGCUGGGCCAGGGUUCCGGACCCACCGCCACCCCAACAAGAGCUGAGCUGCCCCCCGACGCCGGCUCCCGGCUUGCGCCCCCAGGGCCGCAGGACUUGGAGCCGUCGCCCGCGAGGGUCGCGCUGGGUGCCGUCGAGGGCCCACCGCGCGUGCCUCCCGCCGACCUGCCGCUGCCCGGAGGCGGCCCUGGCGGCUGGGCGCGCUGUGCCUCUCGCGCCAGCCCCGUGCCCUCAGACUUCAGUCCUGGAGAGCCGUUCGCUGGGGGACCUGCCUCCCCUCUUGACGCCCCGCGGCCACUGGAUAGCGCGGCCGUGGGCCCAACCUCCGACACCGAGAGCUUCAGCCUGAGUCCCAGCGCCGAGAGCGUGUCCGACCGGCUGGACCCCUACAGCAGCGGCGGUGGCUCUUCCUCGUCGGAGGAGCUCGAGGCCGACCCGAUCCCGGGCCAGCCCCUCCGCCCAGGCCGCCCCACGCAUUCCCGUCCGCCUUCCCCGAGGACCUCCCCGCCUCGACAGCAGCAGAAAGCCCCGAGGGGCGUCGACGGCCCGGCAGGGGCCGCCCGCGACGACCCUCGGGGGCAGAAGGCUGCGGCCCCGGGCGGUCCCCAGUCGCCCCGCGGGAGGAGCGGAGAGACUGCGGAGAAAGCGCCCCCGCUGCCCACCCUGUACGUGCAGCUCCAUGGAGAGACCACCCGGCGCUUGGAGGCGGACGAGAAGCCGUUGCAGAUCCAAAAUGACUACCUCUUCCAGCUGGGAUUUGGGGAGCUGUGGAGGGUGCAGGAGGAAGGCAUGGACUCGGAGAUUGGCUGCCUCAUCCGCUUCUAUGCAGGAAAACCUCACAGCACCAUUAGCUCUGAACGGAUUCAACUCUCAGGAAUGUAUAAUGUCCGUAAAGGCAAAAUGCAGUUGCCAGUGAACCGAUGGACGAGACGCCAAGUCAUCUUGUGUGGGACCUGCCUGAUAGUGUCAUCUGUGAAAGACAGCUUGACUGGAAAGAUGCAUGUUCUGCCACUAAUUGGUGGAAAAGUAGAAGAAGUGAAAAAGCACCAGCACUGUUUAGCAUUUAGCUCCUCUGGACCCCAAAGCCAGACUUACUACAUUUGCUUUGAUACUUUCACAGAGUACUUACGGUGGCUGCGACAAGUCUCCAAGGUUGCAUCUCAGCGCAUUAGCUCAGUGGACCUCUCGUGUUGUAGCCUGGAACAUCUGCCUGCCAACCUCUUCUACAGCCAAGACCUCACUCAUCUCAAUUUGAAACAAAACUUCCUAAGGCAAAACCCCAGCCUUCCAGCUGCCAGAGGGCUCAAUGAACUGCAAAGGUUCACCAAGCUGAAGAGUCUUAACCUUUCCAAUAAUCAUUUAGGGGACUUUCCAUUAGCAGUCUGCAGUAUUCCAACUCUGGCUGAGCUGAAUGUGUCCUGCAAUGCCCUGCGAACAGUCCCAGCCACCAUUGGGGCUAUGCACAAUUUGCAGACAUUUUUGUUGGAUGGAAACUUUCUCCAGUCCCUUCCUGCUGAGUUGGAGAACAUGCAUCAGCUUAGUUAUCUCGGUCUUUCUUUCAAUGAGUUCACUGACAUUCCAGAGGUAUUGGAAAAAUUGACUGCUGUGGAUAAACUUUGUAUGUCUGGAAACUGUAUGGAGACCCUUAGGCUACAGGCUUUAAGAAGAAUGCCUCACGUUAAACAUGUGGAUCUAAGAUUGAACAUGAUUCGGAAGCUAAUAGCAGAUGAAGAGGACUUUCUGCAGCAUGUCACUCAGCUUGACCUACGAGACAAUAAACUUGGUGAUCUCGAUGUUAUGAUUUUCAACAAUAUUGAAGUUUUACACUGUGAAAGGAAUCAAUUGGUGACAUUAAACAUCUGUGGCUAUUUCCUAAAAGCACUCUACGCUUCUUCUAAUGAACUUGUUCAACUUGAUGUUUACCCAGUUCCGAAUUAUCUGUCCUACAUGGAUGUUUCAAGGAACCGCCUAGAAAAUGUGCCUGAGUGGGUAUGUGAAAGCCGAAAGCUAGAAGUUUUAGAUAUUGGCCAUAAUCAAAUAUGUGAACUUCCUGCCCGGUUAUUUUGUAAUAAUAGUCUCCGGAAACUCCUGGCAGGACACAAUCAGUUGGCAAGGCUCCCAGACAGGCUGGAAAGGACCUCGGUGGAGGUCUUGGAUGUACAGCACAACCAGCUCCUGGAGCUGCCACCUCACCUUCUGAUGAAGGCUGACAGCCUGAGAUUCCUGAAUGCAUCUGCAAACAAACUGGAAACCCUCCCUCCAGCCACACUUUCCGAAGAGACAAACAGUAUCUUACAAGAGUUGUAUUUGACAAAUAACAGCCUCACAGAUAAAUGUGUGCCCUUGUUAACAGGACAUCCUCAUCUGAAGAUCCUUCACAUGGCCUAUAACCGACUUCAGAGUUUUCCAGCAAGUAAAAUGGCAAAACUGGAAGAACUUGAAGAAAUUGAUAUCAGUGGGAAUAAACUGAAAGCCAUCCCAACAACUAUCAUGAAUUGCAGGCGCAUGCACACCGUUAUUGCUCAUUCCAAUUGCAUUGAAGUCUUUCCUGAAGUCAUGCAGCUCCCAGAAGUCAAGUGCGUGGACCUGAGCUGUAAUGAGCUAAGUGAAGUCACUUUACCAGAAAACCUGCCUCCCAAACUGCAAGAACUAGAUCUGACUGGAAACCCCCGCCUUGCCCUUGAUCACAAAACCCUGGAACUGCUAAAUAAUAUACGCUGUUUCAAGAUUGAUCAGCCUUCAGCAGGAGAUGCAUCCGGAGCCCCGGCUGUAUGGAGUCAUGGUUACACUGAAGCUUCAGGGGUGAAAAACAAGUUGUGUGUUGCAGCCCUGUCGGUGAAUAACUUCUGUGACAACAGGGAGGCCCUGUAUGGCGUAUUUGAUGGAGACCGGAAUGUCGAGGUACCAUACCUUCUCCAGUGUACCAUGAGUGACAUUUUGGCUGAAGAGCUGCAGAAAACAAAAAGUGAAGAAGAAUACAUGGUCAAUACGUUCAUUGUCAUGCAAAGGAAACUUGGAACUGCUGGGCAGAAACUUGGAGGUGCUGCUGUCCUUUGUCAUAUCAGGCAUGACCCUGUGGACCCAGGAGGAUCCUUCACCUUGACAUCUGCUAACGUGGGCAAGUGCCAAACAGUUCUCUGUCGAAACGGGAAGCCACUGCCUCUAUCCAGAUCUUAUGUCAUGAGCUGUGAAGAAGAGCUGAAGAGAAUUAAACAGCACAAGGCCAUUAUCACUGAGGAUGGCAAGGUGAAUGGAGUGACCGAGUCCACACGCAUCUUGGGCUACACCUUCCUCCACCCCAGUGUGGUGCCUCGCCCCCACGUGGAGUCUGUGCUCCUGACACCCCAGGAUGAGUUCUUCAUCCUAGGCAGUAAGGGCUUGUGGGACAGCCUGUCCAUCGAGGAGGCUGUGGAGGCCGUGCGCAAUGUGCCCGAUGCCCUGGCUGCUGCCAAGAAGCUGUGCACUUUGGCCCAGAGCUAUGGCUGCCAUGACAGCAUCAGCGCCGUGGUGGUGCAGCUCAGUGUCACCGAGGACAGCUUCUGCUGCUGCGAGCUCAGUGGUGGUGGGAGUGUGCCACCACCCAGCCCAGGCAUCUUCCCUCCCUCGGUCAACAUGGUGAUUAAGGAUAGGCCCUCUGAUGGUCUGGGCGUGCCGUCCUCCAGCAGCGGCAUGGCGUCCGAGAUCAGCAGUGAGCUGUCCACUUCCGAGAUGAGCAGCGAGGUGGGCUCCACAGCCUCUGAUGAGCCCACGUCCGGAGCCCUGAAUGAGAGCAGCCCCGCCUACCCCAGCGAGCAGCGCUGCAUGCUCCACCCGGUCUCUCUGUCCAGCUCUUUCCAGCGCCAGCUGUCCAGCGCCACUUUCUCCAGCGCCUUCUCCGACAAUGGCCUUGACAGUGAUGAUGAAGAACCAAUUGAGGGCGUCUUCAGCAAUGGCAGCCGGGUGGAGGUGGAAGUAGACAUCCACUGCAGCCGGGCCAAGGAAAAGGAGAAGCAGCAGCACCUGCUUCAGGUGCCAGCCGAGGCCAGCGACGAGGGCAUUGUCAUCAGUGCCAACGAGGACGAGUCAGGUCUGCCCAGGAAGGCAGACUUUUCUGCUGUAGGGACCAUCGGGCGCCGGAGGGCAAAUGGCUCUGUUGCGCCCCAGGAAAGGAGCCACAACGUGAUAGAGGUGGCGACAGAUGCGCCUCUCCGAAAGCCUGGAGGCUAUUUUGCUGCCCCAGCUCAGCCGGAUCCUGAUGAUCAGUUUAUCAUACCCCCGGAGCUGGAAGAGGAGGUCAAAGAAAUCAUGAAGCAUCACCAGGAGCAGCAGCAGCAGCAGCCGCCGCCGCAGCCACCACCGUCAUUGCUGCCGCCCCCACAGCCGCUGCAGCAGUAUCAGGUGGACCAGCUGCCAGACUAUUAUGAUACACCACUAUGACCCAAUCUGAGCACUAUUUAAAGAAUAAACUACCCAAGAAGGACUGAGUAACAAGAGUCUCCCAGACUCACAUUAAACCAGGGGUUUUACUCCAUGUCCUCCUCCCAGACACUGUCCCCAACCUGUCUUUGCAGCUAAUCUGUAGGUUCUCUCUCUUUCUUUAUUUUUAUUUUUUUUAUUUUUUAAUAAUUACCACUUUUCCUUUAGUGAUGCUUUACCAAUAUGGUUUAAACUUGUUCACUUCUUCCCCUAACAUAUCAUGUGUAAAGACAAAGAACAAAAGGUUUAAUAUAUUACAGAGAAAAAAUUAAUGAUAAUGUAAUUUUUAAAAUGACUUUUUGUUUUGUUUGGAAAGCAGGGCAGGUUGCCAUUGCUAAAUGACUUAAUAAUAUUGCAAUUCUAUAUUUCUUGGGGGAAAGGCUUUUUUUUGUCUUGAAAAUGAUAGACAUUUGUAGAAUAUGGAGACUAACUCCUAGGAGUUGCUUUACUCUGUCAGGUGACUUAAGUCACUGGGAUUCACUAAUUUUCUCUGAGAGAACAGUUGAUUGAGAAUUUCUAUUGUAAAUAGCUCAGUGUUGUAUAGUGAUGGCUUAAAAUGUUUUGUAGUCUUGGCAUAAGGACACAGCCUAAAUAACUGGUUUUUCUCUUCUUCCCCCUCUGCUGGGCCUUCCCUGCCCUCUCCCAUCUCACAGCUCACCUUUAGUUCAUUAAAUGAGGAGGCUGAGCCGCUAGAGCAUUUCUGUUCAAAUAGGGUGGAUCUGAGGCCACUGGACAAGAGCCUGCACUCAAGGGGGCCCUGAACCUGUUUUCUUCCUCUCCUGUCCCCAGCCUCUGGACUUUUGUAGACACUUUUUAAUUGUGUUCCUUACUGCUGCCACAAUCAGCAUGAUUGUGUAGAGUUCCAUUAGACCAUUUACAUACCCCCUUAUAUUAAAGCAGAAUGCACACAUGGACAUGUCAUAAUUUUUGUUAUAAUAA